AUGUCUGAAAAAAGGAUGACAGCCAGCCGCAAGCAUCAUCUGAAGAGUAUGAUGCUUGCCAUAGCUGAGGAGAAGCUGGCAAAAGAAAGGGCUGAGGCCACAGCAGAAAAGAGCGCAUACAUGGAACAGAACUGCCCUCCUUUGUCUUUGCCCGGCACUCUGCAGGAACUGCAGGAUCUUUGCAAAAAACUUCAUCAGACCAUUGACAAGGUUGAUGAGGAGAGAUAUGACGCAGAGGCCAAAGUGACCAAGGCAAACAAGGAAAUUGAAGAACUCAAGAUUAAAGUGAUUGACCUGAGAGGCAAAUUCAAGAAGCCUGUUUUGAGGAAAGUGCGUAUGUCUGCUGAUCAAAUGCUUCAAGCUCUCCUGGGCUCCAAGCACAAGGUAUCCUUGGAUCUGAGAGCCAACCUGAAACAAGUCAAGAAGGAGGUCAAAGAGGAGCCUGCAGAAGUCGGAGACUGGCGUAAGAACGUUGAGGACAAGGCUGGUAUGGAUGGCAGGAAGAAGAUGUUUGAGACCGAGGCUUAA